AUGUUCCAGACGAAGAAGCCCCGUUUCAACUUGGACCUCGUGUUCAACGAGCUCCUGAACAUCCCCCAGAUCUCCGGGUACUGCUACAUCGAGUUAUACAUCCACGACUCGACGCUGUACCGCAGCUGGCUCCACGCCACUUCAAGAGGCACCCAUUUCACCAAGGACCAAGGCUCGUCGAGUGUCCACGGGUCCCAUAUCCAUGUGGUAACUUCAAAGAAGAAGAUCCACAACUUCCGGGUGGCCUUCCACGAGAAUAUCAACUGCAACUUGAAGUUCAAGUACAACCGGUCGCUGAACAUGUUGGGCAACAAGUACUUGCAGUUGCGCGUGUUCUACGUGCCCCACCACGACUCGCUGGACUCUACGGUGAUUGGUAAGCUCGACGUCAACUUGACGGAGUAUUUGAACUUUGAAGGACCGCAAACGUCGAAAUACUUGCUUAAAGAGCUGAAAGUUAACUCGAUCUUGUCGCUUUCCGUCCAGUUUAAGGAGCUUGACCCCGCUCAAGAGUUCCACACCGCGUUGACGGUGACGGAGAACCGCCAACAAGUGACGCUGCCCCUCGCCACUAACGGUAGAGGCGUCACUCAUCGCAAUACUCAGUAUAAUCUUCCACAAUUCGACCGCAAACACGUGUUUGGCGGUCUUGAUAACGUCAUCGCCCCGGGACUGCCGCUGUCGCUGAAACAACUGGACAACUCCAUUGAUAAUGCUUCUGAAACUAGCAAUAAGCUGUCGUCACACAAUAUCCCCAAUAUCCUCAAGGGACACAAGGAUCAGGGUAACAGCCAGACCCAGGCCCAGCCGGCGUUAUCGCAAACACUGCCGCUGACGCAAGUGGGGUCGGAUAACGUGCUUACUAUGGACCCCAUCGUGCUGCACUUAUACAACCGGGUAUUGGAAAGCACCUGGGACCCUGCCCUCAAACCGUUGCUCAACUACAAUCCUGAAAAGACAGUGAAGGACAUCUUUGACGGCAAAGACCCCGACGAUCACAUCAAGGAGUACGACGAUUACACCACUGACGACGACCACAGCAGCUACCGCAACAUGAACGGGCUCAUCUCCGAGACGAAGCUCCGCGACAACUUGAAGCUGUGGCAGGUGGCUGCCCCCGCCCAGGAGGCGAGAUGA